UUUAAAGUGAACGAAAGAAGCUUCUGUUGCAGGCAAAAUUCAGUGUUCACGUCAGGCAGCUGAUACAUAUUAAAGAACAAUUAUGAUGGCAAGUCAAGGUUGGAAGGUGGUUAAAGCACACGUGCCCAUGAUUAAAUUUCGCAAGGGUGGAACUAACAGAGCUACUGCAGGUACGGCCACACCAUCUGCGCAACCAGGGCCGACGAUGUCACAACAACGUACUGGUGCAACGGGGCCUAACGUAGUCAUUUUACCAACGAUAGACGAUAUUCAUCUUCCUCAACGAUUCCAGAGACGACGCAUCGACGAGAAAGAAAUUGCUUAUAUCAACAGAGGUGGUCCAGAAUAAAUUGCACAUGUAAUUUAUAGGAUAUCAUCAACCCUAGAACAUUCUAACAAGUCAUUUUAUUAUUACAUUCUUCUGUAUAAUAUAUUCUGUAAAUAAAUACAAAGAAAACA